UCUUUACAGGUCUUGGGGAUAGCUGGGGAGCAGCACCUCCUUUGCCAAACCCCUUAGAAAGUGCAAUAAAAGAACUUGGUUCUCAUCUCUUGCAGACGCUGGAUGGUUUUGUUUUUGUUGUUGCUCCAGAUGGGAAAAUAAUGUAUAUUUCUGAAACUGCUUCCGUCCAUCUAGGAUUAUCACAAGUAGAGUUGACAGGCAACAGCAUUUAUGAAUACAUCGAUCCAACUGACCAUGACGAGAUGGCUGCUGUUUUGUCCCUUCAGACACCACCUGUUCAUCCUCAAAUUCCUGCACCACAGGGUGAAUUUGAGCUGGAGAGAUUGUUCUUUGUGAGGAUGAAAUGCGUUCUGGCCAAGCGAAACGCUGGUUUGACAUCGGGUGGAUACAAGGUCAUUCACUGUAGUGGGUAUUUGAAAGUGCAACGGUACAACGUGGAAGCGCCCCCAUAUGACAGUUGCUAUCAAAACUUGGGUUUGGUGGCAGUUGGGCAUUCCUUACCACCCAGCGCCAUCACCGAAAUAAAGAUGUACUCCAACAUGUUCAUGUUCCGAGCCAACAUGGAUCUCAGAUUGAUAUUUCUAGAUGCCAGAGUCACAAAUUUAACCGGUUACCAGCCUCAGGAUCUCAUAGAAAAAACCUUGUAUCACUACAUUCACGCCUCAGAUUGUGUACAAAUGCGAUAUUCCCACGAAACCCUACUUCAUAAAGGGCAAGUAACAACCAAAUACUAUCGAUUCCUAACCAAAGAUGGUGGUUGGAUAUGGAUGCAGAGCUAUGCCACCGUUGUCCAUAAUACGAGAUCUUCAAGACCUCACUGUAUAGUAAGCGUGAAUUAUGUUCUCAGCAAACAAGAAGGUGAAAGUUUGCAAUUGGAAAUGGAACAAAUUAGGAAGGCAGAACCUCUCUAUCCAGCUUCCGUUACCACUACUCAAAGCAGUCCUACGAAUGGCACAACAAAUGCAACACCUACGAGAGUGCGACAUCAGAAAAAUAAAAAUCGAAAAUCUCCUUACUUGUAUGACGAGCCUAACAUUGGAUGCUUGAGAGGUGAAUCAGUAGAUCCUUGUUUGUAUGAAAUGAAUUCAUUUCCGUUGCAUCAUGCUGCAUUUCCUCCAGUGACCCAUGCCCCUUAUCCAGAGAUGAAUACGCCAAAUCAACCCUCUCAGUAUUCUCACUCUCCCCAUGUAGCUAUGGGUCUUCUCGAUCCUGCCAAUGGUGGGUUUCUUCCCCACUAUACACACCAGAGACUAUCACCACUACCUCCUCAAGUGGAAUCUACUUACGAAAGAGACGAUCGAUAUUCAAUGCACAAUUAUGCAUCUUUUCCUCCUUGUGAGGCAUCUGUCAUAUCGUCCUCUCCAGAUAUUGAGCCAGACGCUCUUCAACCUCUUCCCUGUGUGAUUCCAUCUCAACAAGAUUUGUGCAACGCCAGUGUGGGAUACGUCCCUGGUGCCCCAGCAGAGCCCCAUGAAAUAAUUGUGCCCCAUGUAAUAUACAAUACAACUACGAAUAGCGUCGGACCUUUCAGCAGCCCUUCGGACUCCAUGCUUUCAGAAUCAGAUCUAGAAGGCUUUCAAAAUGGAAGGGCAGAUUCUCCUCGUUCUACUUCAUCCACAUCUUCACCCUUACAUCACCAUCAGCAGCAUAACAACAACAACAGCUCUUCGAAACCAUCAACAAGUGCCUUAGGACCUGUGCUUCGCAGCAGUGGUAAUAGUCACAGCAAUCAUUACAAAUCCGUCAUUACCCCAACCAAUCUGCAGAGUCCCACGGGACCCACUGACUUUCUCAACUCCCGGUUAACGAAACAGCACCAGUUCCAGCAACGAAACUUUGCCAGUUGCUCACCGACUGAUUCUUCUUACAACGAUUCCUGUUACUAUGAGGCGGCACGACAGCAGCAAUCACACCUCGAUUCCAGCAUCAAGUACGCGUUAUCCAAAUGUGACAGUUACGCCGAUAAAACGUAUUGUGUGCCAUCGAGCAACGGGACGAGUGACUAUAGUUGCAAUAAUGCACAUGACAGUGUCCAACCUCAGUAUACAAGCGUCAUCGUUGACGCGCAGCAGUACCAGAUGGCGAACGGUUUUGUCCACUGAUUUUGCAUUUUCUAGUCGUCCGAGAAGUGGUCGAAUUAAUGAACAUAUGUGCUAAACAAAUGGAAUUAUAAAUUGUACAUGCAUGAAAAUCAUUUCCCCUGUGUAGAAAAAAAAA